CCGUUGAUGUAGUGCUGUGAUAUUUUUAAGAAAAAUAUAAUUUAUUGAUAAUUUCUAUCCUUCAAAGUAUAGUGUAGUAUCCAAAUAUUCUAUCUAAGUAUAACGUUUGUUCUUUGUAACUUCUAUUUAGCUGUACUACUGUGUAAAGAUAACCGUAUUGAAACAUACAUUGUGAUUAAUGUUAUUCACAAAAUGGCCAACCCUUUGGCCGGCUUAAUUGGUAACUAUGGGGAUUCCGAUGAGGAUUCCGACGAUGCUGUAUCUCCAGUAAAGUCGGCAAAUGAUGUUAAAAUGAAGAAUGCAGCUUUUCAAGGCCCUUCGAUGGUAUCACAUGCGUCCGCGUCCAUUCACCCCGCUCCAGUACAAUAUUGUCCAUGGUCAGCAUGCUACGACGAGAGCAGUGGCUUCACAUAUUACUGGAACCAGCAAACCAACGUUGUGACAUGGGAGGCGCCUCCCGAGUAUUUGCUCGCCCUCAAGUUGGCACAGCAGCACAUGAAUACUGCAGGGUCAGCAGAGGUGACUGCAGAAGAAUGGCAACUCUAUCAACAGGCUUUAGCUGAGAAACAAAGUGCACAGCACAAAGGUGCAUCGAAAGGUCCUACUAAAGUCGCACCAAGAAGUGUUAUCGCCACCACUAAAGAUAAAAAUACCAAAGCAAUAAAACGGAAGCAUUCUAAUAAUGAUGAAGAGAAAAUAGAACUUAUUACAUCCUACCAUAACUCAGAUUCCGACUCCAACGAUGAAGAGAGUCCCGUCAAAAAACCGUCUACUCAACCCAGCAAGGUGUCAAAGACUUUGCCCAAGAAACAGAAACCUAAACCGCAAGUGGUUGAGUAUGGACCUAGUUUACCUCCAAAUAUAAACUAUUCUGUUCCCAUCGGACCUGAGCUUCCGCCAGAACUUGUCAAUGAAAAUAAACAUCAGUCUUCUGAUAAAGAAGCAGGAAACUCUUCAAACAAAGAUGAGGUUACUAAACCAAAACUAAACGACGAGGACAGUCAAGAUGAAAAUAUUUUACUAAAUAAACUAAAAGACAAAGCAAAACUGUUAGAGAAGCUUGGCGGCAAGAUACCUAGUGAUCUCCAAAAGAUUAUAUCCGACGAAACGAAAUCUAUAGCUUCCCCGAACUAUACAGAGGAAAAUAGCAGAGAUAGCAAAACCACAAUGGAUACAAAUAUAGAUGAUUUACUGGAAGAAAUAGAAAAGAAAGAAUUACCAAAAGUAAAGUCUAAGAGUGGAGCCAGUGAUAUAUUUGAUGGUGAUACACCAUCAUCUCAAGUUAGUAGUAGGAAGAAUUCACCACGCAGCGGUACUUGUACACCGCCGUUAGAGGAAAUAAAACCAUUGUUCCCAAGCGCGAAAGUUAUUGCUACAGAAAUUUCACCCUUAUUUCCAAGUGCAGUGAAUAUACAGGAGAAUGGACUUGAUAAAGAAGCGAAACCUGAUAGUCCAAUGCCAGUAGAGAAGAAACCAGUAAAUUUAUAUUUAAUGGAUUCAAAUGAACAUAUAGAAAAUACUACUAGAAAGAAACUAAGAAUAUCCAACUCUGUACUCCCAGAGCGUAAGAAACCUACUGUUUCAGAAACUCCAGCGUACACUACAAAAUAUUCAGAAUUUAUUGAAGGUUUCUCUAGUGAGAGAACUGGCUUGGGAUUUAGUAAAGAAGAUGAAAGUGAAACUAGUUCAAAGAGUACUGUUAGUUAUGGCAAUGGAUUGGUGUUCACGAAAGGGGAGACGUUGAAUGAAGAGAAGAAGGAUGAUGACCUGGACGAGCUGACUGAACUGGUGGAGGCCAAGUUGAAGUAUUUGAACCAAGUCCAACCAUGUCAGGUGUCUCCGGUGCAAGAGAUGUUGAUACAAAUGCAGACGCUGUUGCCGGCGUUCCGCGCAGGCGCGCUGUCGUGGUCGUACUGGCGGCGCUGGGCGCGGGCGGCCGGCACUGCGCUUGCCGGCCUCGAGGCCUCCGCCGCGCCCGCCGGCUGGACCUGCACCUUCCUGAGGUCGGAGGGCCGCUACCGCUACCGGCGUGAGGCGGACGGUCUCGUGCAGUGGGAAUACCCCGCUACCGCUAAUAUGGACAUGGAGAUUUGCACCACACCGCCGCAUCCUGGUCCAGAGGAGUCUCCGCCGCCGCCCCCGCGCACGCCGCCGCCGCCCGCGUGGCCCGACCCCCCGCCGCCCGGCUGCGACGAGCCGCCGCCGCCGCCUCCGCCGCCGCCCCCGCCGCCGCCGCCGCCGGAAAUAAAGCAAGAAAUAGGUGAUGAAUUGCUGUCAUUCUACAACGAUAUAGCGCAAUUAGAAAAGGCACCAUUACCACCCAAGUCACCGGAGCCACCACCACUGCCCCCGCUGCCGCCGUCAGACAGAGACAAGGAUAAGGAACGACAUAGAGAAAGGGAUAAAGCUAGAGAGAGGGAAAGGGAAAGGGAGAGGGAGAAAGAGAAAGACAAGGAAAGAAAUAAAGAGAAGGAAAAGGAUUCAAAGCUGAACAAGAAAAAGUCUAAGGUCAAAAUAUCGUCUUCAAUAGGCAUGAAACAGAAGUCUGUGUCAAAUUUAGUGGCGAAAUGGCAACAAGUGGCUGAGGAGAUUAACUCCGACUGAACUGAAGUAGUCCAUAGACAAAAUAUAGACAAUAGACACAAUGGUAAUAGACAAUAGUUAUCCUGAGAUUCAUUCGUACAAACAGUCCAAAAUUGUUUUUGUAUGAGUGGUAAAUUUGCUUACCAAUUUUUACGCGUCAUUUUGUAUAAUUUGAUAUUAAUAGGUUAGGUGAUGUAAAUUUAUUUAACGUUUACGAUUAGUUGUAAAUAUUUAUGUAUUUUUAAUAAAG